CGGCCCCCUCACUCUUCAGCAGGCGCGGCGAUGCACCUCCUAUAUAAGUCCAGCACAGGGACUCUCGUUCUGCAGUACGCAGCUUUGUAUCUGAACGUUGAGGUUUGGUGCCAUACCCGUCUUACGUGUGCUUGACGUAAAGGGAACAAGCGAAUCAUGAUAAAGACGGCCGUCAUCGCGUUGUGCCUUGCCCAGUGGGCCAGCUGCCAGUUCCCGCAGUUCCCGCAGCGAUUCCUUCCGCAGACGUUGCCUAAGCCCGUACUCGUGCCAGUGGUGACCGGCGGCGGGGGGCCGGUUCCCGUGGGCUGGUCGCCGUACAGCUUCGCGUACGACGCGGUGGGCCUGGACGGCUCGAGCACGCGCAGCGAGUCUGGCGACGCGCAGGGCCGAGUCACAGGCUUCUACACCAUCACCACGGCCGAGGGCUCGAGACGCCGCGUCAGCUACGUGGCCGACGAAAACGGCUUCCGCGCCACCGUCGACACCAACGAGCACGGCACCGCCGACGAGGCGCCGGCUGACGUUGUCUGGAGGUCUACCGCUCCCAAGGUUCACGGCGGAGGCCUAACGCGACCAGCGGGUGCUUCCGGAGCCCAGGCCGCCUUCUAUCCCGCCGGUGCUGGACAGGUGCAGCAGCAGCAGCAACCCUUCAGAUAUCCCUUCUCCAAGGCGUGAUGAAGGCCGAAAUGAGCUACCGGUUGUAGCCACGAAUCGAGCCAAGUGCGUUGUGAAGACAGGCUUGGCCGGCAUGCAUCGCACGUGGUGGGACCCGCAGACUGAAUUAGUCGCGCGAGCGAGUGCCUGCAUGCGCGGCCACGACACGAAUGGUACGAAAGGCCUUUAAUAAAAGCCAUCCAGAGACACACCUGAUCAUUUGCUCAAACUUUGGACGUGAGACUAGCACAGCGGCCUUGUUGAAGGCUACGCUAUAUCGAAAAUGCCCAUAAGCCCCAUAUUCAAUUUUCCCAUAUGAAUAUAUAUGGGGAUGCCAUAUAAAAAUACCUAUGUUCACAUGUGAUAACAUGGAGACAUGCGGGUUUUGAUAUGGGAUCUCCGCAAACGUUCAUAUAAUCAUGCCCCCAUUUAUAUAUGUCAACAUAUGAGUUUUUAAAUGAGACCCCGCCUAUAUGUUCAUAUCCAUGAGAUUAUUGAAUAUGGGGCUUAUGUUUUUUUUUUUUUUUUUUGACAUGGUAACAUUUUCAAUAGCAAUCAUGAAAGAAGAUAUGCUGACCUUGCUGGGCUAACGUUUUUCAUUAGCAAGCUUUAGCAUGGAGGGGACAGUUAAUUACUAGCGCUGGUAACGAUGUGCUCUGGCGCGCUAGAAAUUCUACCACCCGUCACUAACCGGGGUUCCAUCCUGGACAUUGUAAAAUUCCGCCAUAUUGUUGGGUUUGCCUUCUUGUCAGCUCCGAUUGGUUCAGAGGGCUGCAACGGCCUCUCUGAUUGGCUCCAAACGCCAACAUGGCGAAAUUCGACAGCACGGUAAAAUUUGACUUUCACAGUGUCCAAAAUAGAACUCCCAGUGCACCAUUGCGAAUGAAUGAAUGAAUGAAUGAAUGAAUGAAUGAAUGAAUGAAUGAAUGAAUGAAUGAAUGAAUGAAUGAAUGAAUGAAUGAAUGUUUUGAGUAGCACUAAUUUUCUGUCUGAGUAAAAAAAAAGAAGACAAA